UCGUAGACGAAGAUAAUUCGAACGUUCCUGAAGCAACAGAAACUACUAUGAAUACCAGUGCAGUUGAAGUUGAUAAUGUAGUUUUAAAUAGUAAUAUAGAUCAGUUAUAUAGUAAUACUAUGAAUAAUUUUAGAGCCGUGUUGUAA